AUGGGCAACCUGGACGGAGGAGUUAAUAAAAAUGCGAUUCCUGUUUCAUCCUCAAUGGCAACUAAAGACCAAAGAAUGGUGAUAGCAAAUCAAGAAAAGAAGGGGUUUUCAUCUCAAGCCAGGAGAUUCACGACACAAGUCUGUCUGAAUGGAAGUCCAGGACCAGGCAGCUAUGGGUUUAUUUCCAGCGCUGAAGUCGAAAGUCCUUCCUUCUCAAAGAAAGGCACCACAGGCUUUGUUCCCUCCAAGAGCGUCAGGGCUUUCAUGAACCCGCGGAGAGGCCUCCCGGGACCAGAUGCAUACAACCUGCAGAGCACCUUGAUAAACAAGAAUAACUUCAGCAUCGGAGUCUCCAGGGUGUUCAGGCCGCCUGUGGCUGUGCAGCUGGACGGUCCCAAGCACAAAACUCCAGCCCCAAACCAAUAUGAUGUCAGAUGUGACGUAAGAAAGAGUUUGUACUCCGUGAACGGGACAUCGACUUUCCUGUCAAAAACUGGACGCGACUCUUUGUACCCAAACAAAAGUGCUCCAUCGCCAUGCCACUACGAGGUGAGCGGCCACUUAAUCCAGGACGGCUCCAAGGCAGUGUUGUCCCCCUUCAAGUCCAAAACUCAGAGGAUCCUUCCUCCGCUUGACAACGGCAUACCAGGCCCGGGAACCUACAGCCCCCAUCAGCCCCCGGCACCGGUGAAGAGGACCGUCCUGCCGGGAUUCUAUCUGGCUAUAUCAGCGCCUGCUCUGAGUGUUCCCAAGGACCCUCUCUCGCCGGGCCCCGGGCAGUACGACAUCACGGACUACGAUGGCCCGUCUAAGCGUCCCGUGCCCACGGCUGCAUUUGCAUCCAAAACUGAGAGGAUGCCACAAAACUCUGACAUGAGGCCAGGUCCAGGUUUCUAUGAUCCACAGAUUUUGCCAAAGCAGUCCUUCUUCCUCAAUGACUCCAGAGUCUGGCUUCCCGUGUAAGGCUAUCAGGGAAACCCUGCACUACAAU